UGGCCAGGAUGACACUAGCCGAGAAAGCAGAGCAGCUCAUCACAGGACGCCCCAACUCCCUCGUGCCCGGCCGCACCCUCGAGCGCCUGCUAGCCGUCCAGGCCGGGACGUCGACCCAGCUGUUCCUGCUCAACAUGGCUAUGCACUACGGCCAGGGAGCCGCGGCCGGCGGGAUCAGGGCCGUCAUGAGCUGGAACGGCAUCCGCGGUCCCUUUGCCGACUUCAUCUUCAUCGGCGUUCGUCUCUUGAUCGACCAGACGUUGGAGAAUGGGACGGGCGUCGGUGCAUUGCCUUGGUCGGUUGUCCUCGUCCUCGUCCUCGGUUGUCCCCCGGGCCUCCCUUCGUCUCUUUGCUGACGUUUCCUUGCAGGACCUGGCCGGUCGGAGAACAAACCAUUGACAUUCUCCACAAGACCGUGUUUGCCGUCACAACGGGAUAUUUCGUGGACAG